UGUAGUAAGGACUUGUUCGGAAUGAAUUGAGCAGAGCCCUGGAUUUGUAAAUUAAUUGACUGCGGAACAAUGGCGUCCAAAUCCAUAUUAAGCAUCACUGUAAUUGCACACAGUUUUAUCGUGUGUGUCCCGGAUCAAAUUCCAGGGCAAUUUCGUUAUUCUAUUCCCGAGGAAAUGGUCGGAGGGACAAUUAUUGGGAAUAUCGCUCAAGAUUUGGGAUUGAAUGUACCGAUUUUGUCAGCUCGUAAAUUUCGUCUCAGCUCUAAUGACGGAGAACGGUACAUGAAGGUUAGUUUGGAUAAUGGGCUUUUAUCUAUUUGUGAAAGAAUCGACAGGGAACGUAUUUGUGGGCAAAUAGUGUUGUGUACAAUACCUUUGGAAAUAAUGCUGGAAAAUCCCUUAGAGGUGUAUCGCGGCGAAGUGGAGAUUCUUGACGUAAAUGACAAUUCUCCUACAUUUCGGGACACACAUAUUGCCUUACAAAUGUCUGAAGCCAUUACACCGGGGGUACGUUUUCGACUUAAGAGCGCGGAAGAUGCUGAUACUGGAAUGAAUACUAUCGCGAAUUAUACAAUCAGUUCGAGUGAGUACUUCACUCUGAAAACACGGAGAACCGAGGAGGGUAUUAUAAUUGCUGAGUUGCUGUUAGAGAAACCUUUGGAUCGAGAGCUACAAUCAUCCUUUCAGCUGGUGCUUACUGCAGUGGAUGGUGGGAAUCCUCAGAGAACCGGAACAGCUCAUAUUCUCAUUACUGUACUGGACAUUAAUGACAAUCCACCUGUAUUCGAGCAUGAUGUUUACAGGGGCACCAUUACUGAAAACACACCACAAGAUACCGUUGUGUUAACAGUUAAAGCGAACGAUUUGGACGAAGGGCUGAAUGCAGAGCUAACAUAUUCUUUCAGUGAUGUUAUUACUUUGCGAAGAAUGCGUGAUUUGUUUUCCUUGGACCCAAAAACUGGAGAGAUUCGAGUCAAAGGGCCGCUAGAUUUUGAAAAAUCAAACAGCUAUUCACUCGAUAUUCAAGCUGUUGAUCACGGGUCGCCUGCGAUUACGGGACACUCGAAAGUGCUGAUCAAGGUAACUGACGUGAAUGACAACGCACCCGAGAUAAAAGUGACGUCAGCCACAAUCCAAAUCCCGGAAAAUGCUACGCCCGGAAAUUUAAUCACCUUGAUUGAUGUUAUCGAUCGUGAUUCUGGAGAGAAUGGUCACGUGCGCUGCGAAAUAACACAGAACAUCCCUUUUAUGCUACAAAGAUCGUCCAAUCAUUAUAAAUUAAUUACAAGUGGAAUGUUGGACCGUGAAACAGUGUCUAAUUAUAAAAUACUUAUUUCAGCCUGGGAUUUGGGGUCACCGUCACUGUCAACAAAUGUAACCAUCCAUAUUGUAAUUACAGAUAUAAAUGAUAAUGCCCCACGCUUUGCUGAAUUGCCCUACAACUUUUACGUGACUGAAAAUAACUCUCCUGGUGCUUCUAUCUUCGCAGUAACGGCUUCAGAUCCUGAUCUGGAGCAGAAUUCCUAUGUUUCUUAUUCAAUUCUGGACAAUUAUAUUCAAAACUUGCCAGUAUCCACGUACCUGGACGUCAACUCAAUGAACGGCACCAUUUACGCUCUGCGCUCUUUUGACUAUGAGGAACUGAAAAGUUUUCAGAUCCAUGUUCAAGCCCGUGACGCUGGAGUGCCACCGUUGAGCAGCAGCGCUACUGUGAAUGUCAUCAUCCUGGAUCAAAAUGACAACGCGCCAGUGAUCGUUUCACCUUCAGAACAUGGUGGAUCAUCAGCCGUGGAAACCCUGCCCCAGUCAGCGGCUCAGGGGUACUUGGUCACCAAGAUAAUGGCUACUGAUGCAGAUUCUGGUCAGAACGGGCGAUUAUUUUACCAAAUGGUGAAAGCUACUGAUCCCAGUUUGUUUAAUAUCGAUCAAACGUCUGGUGAAAUCAGAACAACGCGUAAAAUCUUGGAGGCGGAUCUCAACACACAAACUUUGACAAUCAUGGUGAAAGACAACGGGCAGCCUAGACUAUCUAGUACAGUUACGUUUCACAUCACAAUUUUGCAGAAUAGCACCGAACCUCCCACAAUAAACAGUAAUUUAGUGAGAAAUUCGGAAUCUUUUUCCGAUCUAAAUCUUUAUUUAUUGAUUAUUUUCAGUUGCACUUCCAUUGUCUUUCUUCUGCUUAUCAUUGUGCUUAUCGGGAUCAAAUGUAAACAGGAGAGAAGUAAUCCCCAAGAGUAUACUUCCCCCACUUAUUUUUCCAAACGUGGGGAGAUGCAGGACACCUUUAGUCGAAGAUCUGCAAUGGAGGAAACUUUACGCUAUCCUGGUACGGACCAGGUAGUCCGUAUGCCAGGACUGCCUCAGUACUCGGUCUGCCUGUCUCCAGAAUCAGCGAAAAGCGAUUUCCUUUUCUUGAAGCCGUGCGGCCCUGCCAUCUCUCAAGCCUAA